AUGGAUGCCCGAAAAAAAGCUGGGGCCAGCGGUGCGUUGCCUAGGGAACGUGUGGCAGAGAUAGCCAAGACCGCGAAAGGAACGACCGCUGUUCAAACAAGCGUUGGUUCAACUACAAGUGGAGGCGUUGAAGAGGAUAAACAAAAGGUGAAGAGAUGGCUUUCAUAUUGCGGAAAAGUGAACACUUUCCUUGUUAUGACACCGUCUCAGUUUUCUCUGUUACACUUUAUUUUCUUUUUGCGCUUCUAUUCUCGAACUUUAGUUCCGCGUUUGUUAACUUCAGUAGGAUUAGCUCAGUCGGUAGAGCGGUUGACUGCAGAGCGGGAGGUCGCGGGUUCGAUUCCCGGGACCGGACCAAUACUCUGGAUUCGCAUGACCACUGUGUUUUAAAAAGCAGUGAUAUCACAAGGAGAAAUUUGACGCUGAUCACUCUUAUGGCUGAAAGGGUUUAUGAUUUUGUUUGAAGAUGACUUGCCUGGACUCUUGUCCAUUGGGCAAGUAAGCUAUAAACGUUACUUGCGCAGCAAAAAAAUCUACUGGUCGAGGACUACUAGAUAGGUGAAUUUUCGAACCCUGCGUUGGAAAAUUUUUACAUAUCUGCUAUCGUGGAUUAUCCUUAUUAAUAACUAAUAAAUAAUAACUAAUUCCAUCAUCCCUUUUGGGUAUGUUAAGUGUUUUUCUUAUUUUGUAUUUUUACAAUGUCUUAUCAAUGAUUCUUUUUUAGGUAGAUGAUCAGGAGGGUUUGAAAAAGAAAGAAAAUCUGCGCCUAAGAAUGGUGAGUUUGCACUGGGCUUACCUCAGUUAUCUACUUCAACAUAGGAGUUUUAAGUUGCUAAAAUUUCUAUUUGUUAAAAACAAUGGAAACAGUGCUUCUUACUGUUGAAGACAGUGAGGACGUUUUAAACUCUUUUAAUUCUGACAUCUAUCCUUGCUUUUUUACUGCAGGAAGAACUACAGAGAAGACGAAAAGCGAACGAAAAAGCUCAAAAGUUGGUUCAAAAUGCUAUUGUCAACGAGAAGACAAAAAAAAAUGCAUCGUCAACAGAAUUCUCAACAGCAGCAAAGACAAAAUCGCAGCCCGAAACUGAAGCCUCUGCUGCUAACGUUGAUCAAAAAGCUGUUAAAAACAAAAAUCUACAGCAUCGUCCUCUAAAACUCAAAGAUAAAGAAAAUGAAUCUAACAAUCGUAGACUGUCAACAGAAAAUGACAGUAAGUCUCCCCGAGACAAAGCGAACUUUAAAGAAAGUGAAGAGCUACAGAGAAUAAGACAGAUUUUGAAUCAAGGAAAGAAAGACAAAAAGCCUGCAAACUCUGAAAAUACUGUCCAGGGAAGUGAAACAGCCAAAACAAAAGGUCCUGUGACAUCCCAGGAAAGCAAAAGGAAAAUCUCGGAUAGCAAAUCUCCUAAGAAUUCCUCUAUGAAUGGACUGGCAAGCAAACUACAAUCCAAACCUUUACAGAAGCAAAACCGGCAGGGACCCAAUGCCGGCUUACAUGCUUACGUAGCGAGCCGAAAAAUAAACUUUGAUACUUUUGACGUACCACCCACUCAGAAUGAACAAAGUGAUGAGCAGGUUACAGAGGAGGCAGACAACGGUAGGACAAUCAACAUUACAAUUUAGUUUUCGACCGGUUGAAACUUCCUGCGUUAAGACCGUGUAAACUUUUGUACGUUAAAGCGAUAGUUGAAUGGUUUCGUGGUAACUCAGCUGGGUGACUUCAUUUGAUGUAUAACAUCGUCGUAUUCGGAAACCUCCGUUUUUGUCCCUCCACACGAAAACUACAAUAAUGCGUUUUCAAAACCUCCCUUGUUGGGACAGUUUUGUGGCCGAAAAAGCUGUAAGGCUAAAACGGCGAAGAUAAUCAAAACAAGUUUUCGUACAUUCACCACUUUAGAAACCAGAACAAACCUGGGGCGAGUUAACUUUCGCAAAGACUUCUGGUAUUGUUACUGGGGUCAGAACAAACAAAUUGGCUAAUAACUGAAUGACGUCCUCAGUAACGAUCCCAGAAAUCUUUGCAAAAGUCAACUCGACCCAGUUUCUUCGUUUUUAACGUGCCGAAUUAUUACUUUACCUCAUAUCAUCUUUCUCAUACAGGUGCUGAUACUGAAGACAUAACAAAUGGUGAAACUAAGGUAUAUAGGGUUACCACAUUUCAACGAUAGGGAGCUUUAGAUUCGUGGACGAAUACGAGUACGAAGUUUUCUCAAUACUAAGUAGUGCAAAGUGCACGUGCGUGAGCCAGCGUCAUUUUGGCGGGAAAACGUGAUAGCCGUCGUCAUUCUACAACGGGUUUUAGCGAGAAUGUCGUAGUGGCGGGAACAAGUUAUCAAAUGUAAGAAGUUUUAGCAUUCUGCUAUCGGGAGAGGGCUUAACUUCCUUCAGUAUAAAUAACGGUACUAACUUUUUUGGUGGAAAAAAGUAAAAUGUAGCUUUCCGGAGUGUUUUUUUUUUUAGAACACGCACAGAAACUUUAAGUUAAAUCUCGUACUCGUACUCGUUGUCGUCCUCAAAUCUAAAGCUCUGUUAUGUGAUUGUUAUUGAGGUAAGCAAAAUCUCACGACCUGUACCUUCUACGCUCACUCAUUUCCACUUUGGUCUUAUUUUAAAGGACCUUAGAGACUCCUCAUUGGCUGAGGAGGAACAAGACUCCCUGGAUCAAUCACUGGUGAGAAUUUACAACUUGAGGGGGCUCGCCACGGCAGCUUAGCUCAUUUGUUUAAUUUUUUCAAUCACUCUCUAUGAAACUCGACGCUAAAUUCUAAAUUUCAAUUUCCAAUUUCUAAGUGACAAGAUCACAGCCUCGAGACCAACAAAUUUGUUUCCCAAGUGUAUUGAUGAAAACUUUUAAUAGACUUUUGGGCUGAACUGUUUUUUUUGUUGUUGUUGUUGUUUUGUUUUUUUUUCAACUUCAGUGAAAUACCGGUUUAAUCUACUUAAAAGCAUUGUUUUGUCCAUUCUUACCUUGUCUUUAAUCUUUCUUUACUGCUCUCAGCAGUGUAGCCAAUUCCUAAUGGCGAAGUUUGGCCAAAUUGCCUGAAACCGCUUUUCAAUAUGGCCUUUCGUAGCCAUGUUUCAUGGUAAGCGAAAUCUGGAGAGGGUACAAAUUCUCCCCUUUUGGGGACGGGUGUAGUAUUUGAUAUCGCCUUCGAGGUUGCCGCCAUGAUGAAAUAAGGAUAACGACCUCUCGAAGUGGGCGAUCGAUCUCGACAAUCAUCCAGCAACAAUAGAUUGUGAACUGUUUAAGAUUAAUAUUAUCUUUGCAGACAACGCAUCUUUAAGUCCCUCUCAAAUUAAAGAACAUGUCGCCCAAUUUCUGUUAUUCCUUUAUGAUUCCUCAGUCUCCAAAUUGUAGCAGUCUCCCUUGAAAAUCCACAGGGAAGGAAGUAAAAUGAUGUGAUGUAUUUCAUUUCCCAUCACUACAUUACUGACUGAUUUUUCCAGGAACUUCAAGAUACCUCUGAAUACGUACGACAAGAGCUAAAAUCAAUCGAAGAACAACAAAAAGCUCUGGACAAAGUCGGGGAAAAACUCGAAAUUGAACUGCGCCGAGCAAUGGAGUGUAAAGGUAUUGUUGAUAGAAUCAGCUACGUGGUAUGCAAGUGACCUUUGGCGGUGUGGUCGUUCACAGGCCAUUCAAUUUCCGAGUCCCAAAAACCCUCACUUUCGAAACGAGGCUAAGUGCAAAACUUUUCUUGUGAUAAUGAAUUUUAUUUGCAUCAGAAUAAAAAAUCAUUUUCACAUCACUUCCCACUUAGCCUCGGUUUGAACCGGUAAUUUUUAACCAACCUUGUUCCAGGCUAACUCUUCCUGUCGCCAGGGAGAGGUACUGGAGAGUAGUUUCUAUGAUGCAUUAAGUUUAUGAAUGUGUUUUUAUUUUUUACUCACAUCGCUCUCAAUGGGGCCAUCCAAAGUGGUGGUGUGAACGCAAUGGGUCACCCAUUUUGCGCCAUUUUGAAAAAGAAAACAGCUCGAAAUCGUGGGGAAAAUAUUUUGAAAACUAUCCGGUGAUGUAUUUCUGGACGUAACUGCGUCGAUUUUUAAAUCAAUCCAUGCACUUGAAGGAAACACAUUUCUUCGAUGGAGUGUCGAGUUUUUUUGAAACCCUGAUGGUAUAAAAUGCAGGAAUUCGGGAAAGAAAAGUUUUGUGAGAUCUUGGAACUUAUUAUUAAUUCACAGGUUGUGAAGAAGAACAGGAAAAAUUAAUGCAGGACUGGUUUUUACUUGUUAACAAGAAAAACGAGCUGGUUAGAAGACAAGCUGAAUUGAAUUUACUGUAAGUAUUUGUUUAUCUUAUCGGAGCAUGUCUGAAAAUAAACCAGCUGCUCCCUUCUUCAUGCGAUUACUCCUCGAUGUACAAACCUCUCGAGAGCAACCACCAAUUCUUGGUGUUUUAGGUAAAAAACCGAAGGUUCCACUGUCUCUUUUCUUUUUUUAUAUGUAUUACAGUAAAAACGAAGAAGACUUGGAAAGAAGCCAUGAUAUGCUGCAGCGGGAAUUGCGAGCUCUGUUGGAAAUGGAGGGUAAGAAGAGGUUAAUCUUAACCGACGAGGGAUGCGUUUCAACUAGGAUGUGAAAAGUCACAGGUUCAUUCAAUGGAAAGACCAAAUGUUUAAACCUGGUGACUGGUCCCAGAAAGACCGUUAAUUUUGUGUCGCGAGAAUCUUUGCGUUUCGAGGGAAAGUAACUAGUUAUCCCGGGUCACUAGUCCACCAUUAAGUUACUUGUGAUGUACACUAGCCCAAAAAAGAAAAUCAUCUACGUGUAAGGAGCAGACAACAUUUGUGAGUAACGGUGUGCUGUUAUUUUAUGACGGCACAAAAUUUGCAGUGCUGCCCGCCUGCAAAUUUCUUGGCGGGAAACAGUUGCAUUGUUUGAUGUCAUCUGACUUUGAAAUAACCAGUGGGAGUGCGCAUUGUUGACGAAAGAAAUCCAGCUACAUAACCAUAGUUGGGAUUUAUCUUAACUCUGGUAUUCCUUGAUGACGUGGCACACACUUCCGCUCUAGUCCAAGCCCCGCACCGGGGAAAACAAAUAUUGUCGUUAUUUUUCUUUCUCAGAUAAUCAGAAGACUGACGAGCAAAGAGACCGAGAAGCAGAGUUAAUCGAACAGUUAGUGUUGGUUGUGAACAAGAGAGACCAGCUAGUGCAGUUUGAGGACUCGCAACUUCAACAGUAAGUAGCCGAGCCAUGCGCUGCGUGCAAAUACAAGGUAGAUUGUCCUGACUUUACUUCUGAUUGGACGAGAAAAUAACCAAGCGCGGGAAAUUUUAGCUAGUGUCCAAUCUAUCUCAGCAAUCAUUCUCGCAACGUCGAAUGGUAGUUCCCAUAAAUCGCUGCGAUCGCUGAACGUGGCGAUUAGUUCCUUAGCCAGGCCAAUUGUCUAACCUUUAAAUUGCCUAUUAUAAAACAUUCUCGAAUGAGCGUGUCUCGUAACACUUUUGUUGGAGGUGCAGCAAGCGUUGCAGUAAAAUGAAGUUUAAUGUUCGCAACGACUGUGCAACAUAAAUGUUUCGAAAUACUAAGUUUUAUUCCAGGCAAUGUCUCAUGCAGCAAUACUCUUGUAGCAGCGCAAAGAAAUUGUGAUGCAAGUUUACGAAACAUCGGCUAGUGUGUUAUUUCCUGAAAGCUCAAAAUUGUUACGAAUUCUUCCUUCUCCUAUACUACUGCGAGAGGUUCGAAAGUACUUAAGAUUAACUCAUUUUUGUGCUUUUCAAUGGUUUCAGAGCCGAGAAAGAUGCGCUACAUGUACAGAAAGUAAUCGACAAUGCUAGGAUACCCAGAGACAAAGGCGAAUGUGUGCUACAGUAA